GGCGGCGUCGGUUUGGUUAGAUCUUGUUAGUUGGCCGAUUCAGCAAGAUAAAUACAUGAAGUCAGAUCUAAUAAGAUAUAAUCCGAAAAAGGGGGAAAAGCUGGACUUUUAAGCUAGCAAGGUAGGAAAAUUAAGGUAUUUUAUCGUACUUUGAAGUUAACAAAUAACCCUUCGCAAUUUGCAUCUGAGCAGGCAUAAGUUGGAUGAUCGAUUGCUCCUAUUACAAUCAUAAAUACUCACUAAUUACCUCUUCAAAUGCUUACCAGCCUUAUUCUUUGAGGUGAAUGUAGCAUUGGACACCGAAUAACGGUGCUACUUUACGCCAAGAAAUUCUGGGUAUUAACUUAGGUUCUUGUGUAGAUUCAAGUACUUAGUAGGAUUCUUCAAGUUAUAUUUGCAUAAAGCAUUGACAAAGUUAAGGUGUGGGAUUCAGGUCGUUUCAUUUCAAACUUGCAGUUUGAGUUGUUUCUAUACAAAGACAAGUCGCUUCGCAAAGACGAAGGCCCGACAGGCCGUGCUCAGCAAUGCAGAACUUGCCUGUACUUGUCUGCCAUUUCGUUUGUAAAAGUUUUAUCGUCUACUACUUCCACGACGGUUGAAGUUGGUUGAUUCCUAACACAUUACUUAUUUUACAUCUAAUACGUGUAGAUUCAGUUAUAAACAAUGACUUUGGCUGCCUCGUUUUGUUCUUUAAUCUUUAAUCAUUAUUUAUUCACGGUUGUUGUAUACAGUCAUAUAAAUGUGUGUGCAUUAGUCCGAAUAAAUAUAAACCUUUGUCUAGUUUUAAAAGCUUUCAUUGGUCAACUUUCAGGUAACUGGCUGUUAUUCAAUAAUAUUGAAUAACAGCCAGUUGAUCUAUUAUAUCAAGCAUUUAUUCCAUUGUUACGGAUCAUACUUCUAUGCAUGGUGAUCCAUUUGAAAGAAAAAUAAAAGAAAUUAAAAGUUAAUCGGUUCCCCAAUCCGCCGUGCGUAAAGAUCAAUUUUCUUAACUCAUAUCCAAGUUAAGUUUUUUAGCUGCAGUUACUUUGUUAUCAAUUGUUAAUUAUAUAAAAGCCUAAAGCCUGUAACGCGACAGCAGCUUUUAUAUUUUUUUCCCAUUUGAUAUUCUUAGAAUGAUUAGGAGGCUUCAUUGGUACCCUUCUUGUUUUGAUACACAUUUCGUAUAUCAGGUUCGCGGAAACGGUAGCUUAGUUUCCGCCUGGGAUACGCCUAUGUAGACUUCUUUGCACAGUGAGCUGAUUUGCAAAAAUGCAUGCAAAACGUAUGGCACUCUAAAUACUCACGGAAUCAAUGAACGACGUUGUGAUUUGUAUAAUAAUUCUUUAGCUGCGGACAUGAAAUAUAGUAACCAUGGUACAAAAAUUACGGUUCUUAAACAAUAGCUAUGUCUAUUUUCAAUUUUUUUUUUCUAUUACAACGUUCAUAGUUUUGCAGUAAUCAAAUCCUUUAUCGUUUAUAUCAUUCGCUUUGCAAUAGAUAAGGUGAAGCCAAACGCUAAAACUCUCCAUUUCCAUAAAUGCAAUCUACAGUAUUGCAAUAAUACAGCCUUAUAAAUCUUUGUAAAUAAGAAAAAAUGAACUGAUUUUUGAAUUUAAGAGUUACUGGAAAGCAAAGAAAUUCACCUUCCGGGGAUACAUCAUUUCACUUCCGGUCAAGAUUGCUGCCGUUUAAAUAAAAUCCCCAUAACUCGCGUCAGCACCAAAAUCCGCGAUAGCUCCAUAUCAGAGAUUAAUCAGUGUAGAAUAUCGAAGAGGCAACAUUUUUCCAAAUGUGAUGCUUUUAACCCAAAAGCGCACAAUUCGAUAAAAAUUCUGCAUAUAUCCGCCCCACUACAAAGAUUUACUCUUGUUGUAGUUCCGGUAUGGUACCAUGAGGAGGCAGUGUGGCUGAGAAGUCAGCUCGUCGGACUCGCAAUCCCGCCAUUCUAGGUCUGACCACUAGCUGGGUGUGUUUCUCGGAAAUUGUCCAACUCAGUUUAAAGAAGCAAACUUUUAUGUUCUCCAACAGAUCUGAGUAUUACUGUGCUGCAAUAGUUUCAUGUACAGUGCUGCAAAAGCUAUUGAUAACUAAUUCAUGCAUUCGUUAAUUUAAAUUAGAGAAGCUUACAAUAUAAUUUUAAAAAAUAAAAAAUAAACAUUGCUUACUUUAAAGUAUUCAUACAGUGGGAGUAAGUACUCUGGAAAGAAGUUUGUCUCUCAAUCCGGGGCAUGAUGACAUAAAAUUAGUCUGAAUUCUUGUAAAAUGGCCAGUUGGGCUCAGUAGAUGUGAUAAUACAGUUUCUUUUGAUAACAGUAGUGGAAACGGGAAAAAAACAUAAGUAAAAACCAUAUGUGUUUAGUUAUAGAAGAAUAGCUUGGAUAAUAUUAAUAGUAAAAAGUGAGUUUCAUCUUCAAUUUUUUCAGAGUUACAGACAGGACUCAGCAGUACAUCACGGAGGAUCUGCAUUUUCCUCCACCACUGAACCAUGGCUGCAUCUUCUGGCCAACUCCAAAAUGUGAAAGACACAUGGAACGUCAACAGUCUGACUUCUCACGAGGUUUUUUGUUUUCACUUGUUUUUUGAAAGGCCCUAAUCCGUCUAAAGCCUUGACUGUCGACAACAAUCUUUAAUAGUAAGGGGCAGAUUGAUGGGGUACAAAACAAGACAAUAGCAACAAUUAUAUGGAGUAUCUUUCUUCGGUGAAUUUAUUGAUCAUUGAAGGUUUCCUGGAUUGAAACAAGAAACUCAGUGUUACAAGCUGUUUACGCACAGACUGGGUUUGUUUGUUUGUUUUCAAACCCAUAACUGUUUGAUUAUUUUUUUACUUCCGAUGUGAAUUAAAUAAAGGAAGCAUGUAUCAUAUCUUUUCUUGUUAUUCUUCACUUGAUUUGUGACCAUUCAUUUUCAGUAAAAUUAGUGAGCAAAUUUGUGGCAAAUUUUUCUCCCCCAAAAAUUCAGGCCUAAAGGGUUAUAGAAAUAACCAAUAGCUUUGGCUGGACCUUUACUGUGGCAAAGAAUGGCUCGGGAUGUUUGCGCUUGUCCUGAAUUUAAGCCAAAGAACAAUUCUCCUAUUGGCUUCGUUUUGGGUAGUGAAAGGUUGACAAGACAAAUAGACGUUGUUUCCGAAAGGGAUUGCCACAGGAAUUUAAAAGCAAAAAAAUUAUGUUCUAAGUUCUGCCUUUUGAAAUGAUGAGUUAAAAUAGGAAAUUAACACGUAUUAAUUUUGCGUAGUACCUGUUACUCUCUGUUUGUUUCUGAAGACAAUUUCAAGCCUUUUGAAGUACAACUCGAAACUUAAAACUCACCAAGGCAGCUUUUUAUGGGUCCCCUCACAGUUAACAAAAGAAAACUCUCCAGCAUUUUCAAGUCGUUUGUCGUUCUCAUUACUUUCAUUCUUUCCUUCAGACUAGCUUUUCUAAAAGCGGAGAUGAAACCACACCACAGAAAGCAACUGGACAGAGUGCGUUAUCUGCUACCAGCAGAACCUUGAACGUUACUCUUCUUGGUGAUGAGUGGGGUUCAUCUGCUGGGGGGUUGUCGACCAUAAACAGAGAGCUUGCUAUUCACCUUUCACAGCAGCCAGGAGUAAUUGUAUCUCUAUUGUGUCCAGAAAAAGCUUGCAGCACUGAAGAAAUAAGAGAAGCUGAUGCCUAUGGAAUCGCCAUUGUUGAGGCGAAAGAACGUGCAGCAUAUGAUCGUCUUGAUUGGUUGAGCAUUCCACCCCCGGACCACUUGAUGGACAUCGUUGUUGGCCAUGGUGUUAAACUUGGUCGGCAAGUACAGUUCAUCAGAGAAUCUGCUCGAUUUCCAAAUUGCAAGUGGGUACAGGUGGUUCACACUGCUCCAGAGGACCUGAGCAGAUACAAAUGCUACAGUGACCCCAUUUCAAAAGGUGAAACAAAACAAGAAUCAGAAGUUGAACUUUGCAAACUUGCUGAUCUUGUUGUACCCGUGGGGCCCAGACUGAAAGAAGCAUACUCUUCAUAUUUACAGCGAUGUAAGACAGAACGAGACGUUUUGUCCAUUACUCCAGGUCUUUUUCAAAGGGAGUUUGGGGAUUUAGUAGCAAAACAAGAUCCUAAUCAGGAUGGCGAAUUUAAAGUGUUGUUAUUUGGUCGUGGGGAUGAUGAGGACUUUGAACUCAAAGGAUACAACAUUGCUGCCAAGGCAUUUACUGAUCAACGGCUAAGAAACAAACCUUACCAUCUAAUCUUUGUGGGAGCACCUGAAGGAAAACAAGAAGAAGUCAGGGGAAAACUUCUUCAACGUGGUAUUGCCGAAGCGCAGUUAACUGUUAGAAAAUUUAUACAAAGCAGAGAGAAACUGAAAGAUUUGCUGUGUGAAGCUGACCUUGCCAUUAUGCCAUCAAAAUCAGAGGGAUUUGGUCUUGUCGCACUCGAGGCUUUGUCUGCAGGCCUACCUAUUCUUGUUGCUAGUAAGUCGGGAAUUGCCAAUGCAUUAGAGAAUGUUCCUCAUGGUCAUACAUGCAUCGUUAAUUCGGAUGAUCCUGCAAAAUGGGCAAAAACAAUUCACGGUGUUCGUGUUAGGCAUCGAAUGCGACUCGAAGAGGUUAAAACAUUAAAAUCAAGUUAUGGAGAAAUGUACAGCUGGAAGGAACAAGGCAAAGCCCUUGUGGAGAGAAUGUGGAAAAUGGUCUAUGGUAAGAGUUGUUGCUUUGAAACUCAUGCAUAA